AGAGGCCGGUCCGCGAUCUCGUCGCUCCCCCUCCCUGCCCUCGGCCUCCCGGGCUCCGGCUGCAGCGUCAGCCUCGGGCGGGCCUCCCUUGCGCCGGCGGCGGCUCGUCGGCCUCAGCCCCGGCGCCUCUCGGCGCCCCUUGGCCCCGGUCCGCAGCGACGCCCGCCCUCGCCGCCCCGGUGCCCGCCUAGGCCGCGGCCGCAGCCCCGGGCUCACGUCGGCGCCGCCCGCUCCCGGCCCGCCCCCUAUGGGCCCCGGUUAGACGUGCCGCCGCCGCCGGCCCGCGGAGCCCCGAUGCUGGCCCGGAGGAAGCCGGUGCUGCCGGCGCUCACUAUCAACCCCGCCAUCGCCGAGGGCCCGUCCCCCACCAGCGAGGGCGCCUCCGAAGCAAACUUGGUGGACCUCCAGAAGAAGCUAGCAGAGCUUGAACUCGACGAGCAGCAGAAGAAGCGUCUAGAAGCCUUCCUCACCCAGAAGGCCAAGGUCGGAGAGCUCAAGGACGAUGACUUCGAAAGGAUCUCGGAACUGGGGGCUGGGAACGGUGGGGUGGUCACCAAGGUCCAACACAGACCCUCCGGCCUCAUCAUGGCGAGAAAGCUGAUCCACCUGGAAAUCAAGCCGGCCAUCCGGAACCAGAUCAUCCGCGAGCUGCAGGUGCUACACGGGUGUAACUCCCCGUACAUCGUGGGCUUCUACGGGGCCUUCUACAGCGACGGCGAGAUCAGCAUCUGCAUGGAGCACAUGGACGGCGGUUCUCUGGACCAGGUGUUGAAAGAAGCCAAGAGAAUUCCCGAGGAGAUCCUGGGGAAGGUCAGCAUCGCGGUUCUCCGGGGUUUGGCGUAUCUCCGGGAAAAGCACCAGAUCAUGCACCGAGAUGUGAAACCGUCCAACAUCCUCGUCAACUCCCGAGGGGAGAUCAAGCUGUGCGAUUUUGGGGUGAGCGGGCAACUCAUCGACUCCAUGGCCAACUCCUUCGUGGGAACUCGGUCCUACAUGUCUCCAGAGCGGUUACAGGGCACUCACUACUCGGUGCAGUCGGACAUCUGGAGCAUGGGCCUGUCCCUGGUGGAGCUGUCCGUCGGAAGGUACCCCAUCCCCCCGCCGGAUGCCAAGGAGCUAGAGGCCAUAUUUGGCCGGCCCAUGGUUGACGGGGCAGAAGGAGAGCCUCACAGCAUCUCACCACGGCCGAGACCCCCUGGACGCCCCGUCAGUGGCCCCGGGACGGACAGCCGGCCGGCCAUGGCCAUCUUCGAGCUGCUGGACUACAUUGUGAAUGAGCCACCUCCCAAGCUGCCCAGCGGUGUCUUCACCCAGGACUUCCAGGAGUUUGUAAAUAAAUGGUCUCCGCGGCCACCGGCUAACGGCCCUGCCUUGUCUUCCCACCCCCUGUCCUCCUCUCCAGCCUCAUUAAGAACCCAGCGGAGCGAGCCGACCUGAAGACGCUCACGAACCACACGUUCAUCAAGCGGUCCGAGGUGGAAGAAGUGGACUUCGCCGGCUGGUUGUGUAAAACGCUGCGGCUGAACCAGCCCAGCACGCCCACACGCACCGCCGUGUGACGGGGUCCCCCUGGCGCCCUGCUCUCCCCCACCCACCCGCCCGUCUCCAGGGAGGGCGGCCCUGCUCCUGGCGCCUUCUCAGACCUGCUUCCUUAGGUUCAAAACAAAACAGGGAAAGAAAAAGCAAACUGUGCCCAUCGUACUUGUUCCAUGUGUUCUGGGGGGUCAGCCCCUGGCCCAGUCCCAGGGCGGGAGGGCCGCCCGGGGAUGCAGCACCAGCCCCGAGCCCUCCGCCCACCGCCCACCGGGGGGGGGGGGGGGGGUGGCACCAGGAGCCGGCCUCACUCUCUUCCCAAGGGAGGCGGCCUUGGAGGGGACCUCUGGACACCGGCGUCCUUCACCGGACAGGGAGGGGCGCCCCCGCCCCCUCCCCCCGACGCCCAGCACUGUCCCUGGAGACGGCCGUGGGGUCGGCCCCUCUGCCCUCCCCACCGCCUCUUGUCACUCAGCAUCCCGUGCCCUGCGCCUCAGGAGGGACCCGCUCAGCCCUGCCCUGUGCUUGGGGGACAGACACUUCUGACUUCACGGCAGCGAGCCGGCACCCGGCAGAAAGGAUGUGGCAGGUUUCCAAGCUGUCGGCGGAGCCAGCAGACGAGGCCUGUGCCAUCCCCGAGCCUGCACACCGCCAGAUGCGACCAGGUGGCUCCUCGUGUCCCCUCCGCUUUCCCAGAUUCAGGAGUGACUGCCCAGGGCGGGUCACUCAGGCCGUCCACGGGGUCAGCCACGGCCGCUGGGAGAGGGAGGUGGUCCCGGUUCCUCGUCCGUCGGGGCCCGGCCACGCUGCCCCUGGAGCCGCUUCUGAGACUUUCUGUCCUCGGAGCCCCGGAGAAGACGGAGCUGGGAGCCGAGGGCCCCCCCUGGACGCUGCCCGCGGGCUGGGACGAGCCGACGCUCAGCUUCGGGGAAUCGCGGGAGGAGCCCUCGUCUCCUGUGGACACCAGAGAGACGGGUUGCUGGCUCCUUCGACUGGCUUUCAGGGUCCUCCACUUCCCAGAUCCCCCAAAGUCUCACCUGGUCGGGAGGAGAAUAAAGAUUAGCGGAAGUCGA